AUGGGAUCUGCUUUGUUGGUGUUCUUGGUUUCAUGGGCAUUUCGUUUGAUGGGUAUUUUGUAUGCGUCUAUUUUCAACCCCUUGGUGCUUGUCUUUGUUUCCAUUCUUGGAUUUUUGUUGCUCGAUGAAAAACUCUACUUAGGAAGUAUCAUAGAAGGAUUGAUGAUGGUGUGCGGAGUAUACGUGGUGUUAUGGGGCAAAGCCAAAGAGAUGAAGCAGAAAAGUCAGUUAGUAGCAGUGCCAACAGUUGAUGUAGAUUCACAUGAAACAACAGAAAAAGAUAAACAAAGCGAGAUCAAGGAAACAGACAUGGAAGCUCUAUUAAGUAUGACUCAUAAAUAUACCGAUAAAGAGAAUAGAGGAUGGAGCGGAGCAUAG